AUGCAGCAGACUCGUUGCGCCACGCCCUGCUUCCAUAUGCCCAUGCAUCGCCGCCUGGAUUACGAAAAAGAUGAGUCUGUGGUCGAGGUGCAGCGUGUGGAGGAUGCGCUGCGGGCCGAUGACGCGACGGCGUAUCUCCAUCAUUUGGUGGAAGAAUACGAUGACCUAGCGGCUUGGACUUUCUUCUUGCACGCGGACGCCCCGGAGCAUGUGCAUCCUUUUCGGCUACUCGAGGAGGUCCUGUCAGCAGCACAGAAAGGGGCACUCGAUGAGGCGAGCUUCCCAUUUCUCUACCUCAGUCACAACUACCUGGACCUCGGCACGUCGGUCCACACGUGGGACAACUUCGCCUCCCCCAGGCUGUGGAAGCGCCUCUUCGCGAGCUCUGUGGCUCCGCCCCGGGAGGUGGUGAAGGGCUACUGCUGCGUGCAGUUCCUGGUGCCGCGGCCCAGGGCUCUGCUGCGCCAGCGGCAAUGGUAUGCGGAUGCCUUGACGUACUUUGCCUCGGCGACGUCUUACUUCGAUCUGUUUCCUCAUGGGAAGUUCGUGACCUGGCAGGACCUGACCUGCCGAGCCCCUGCUCAGCUUUGGAUGCCCUGGUGGCACGUAGUCUUCGGCGAGGCGCCAUCGAAAGCGAAGACGAUCUGA